AUGCCCGCCCCCGACGCUGGCGACGAAGGAUUCGACUUCAACGACCUCUCCCAACACGCCCCCGCUGAGCAGCCCGGUCGCCGCGCCAGCGAUGGCGCCUCCCACCCCGACGCCCUGCCGCCCAAGGCCAAGCGCAUCGCCUGUAUACUGUGUCGCAAGCGGAAGUUGAAGUGUGACGGCCAGCGCCCAAGCUGCGGCACCUGCAAGAGACUGGCCCAUGACUGCGCCUACGACGAGGUGCGCAAGAAGAGCGGGCCCAAGAGAGGUUACGUGAAGGCCCUGGAAGCUAGACUGCAACAAGUCGAGACGCUCCUCAAGUCCCAGGAAGGCUCCGAGGCGAAUCAGCAGCAAAAUUCAAAUUCAAAUGCUUUCCCCUCUGAUUUCCAAGGCCAGAACAUCGUGAUGGACAACAUGGCUCAGGUCAUGGACAACGUCUUCCAGGCCGCCGGUGCCAUCUCGCCCGGGGACAUGGCCUCCGCCAGGCCAGCCGGCUCCGCCGACAACAGCUCGAGCUCUGAUCCCUUCUCUUGGGAAAUGAUCGGCCUGGGCUUGGACGAACCUCUGCCGAAUCAAGACAUCGUCAACGAGCUGACGCAGAUGUACUUCGACAAAUUCAAUCUUGUUGUGCCAAUGAUACACCGUCCCCGAUUUAUGGCCGCCAUGAACCUCGCUCCGCACAUGCGACCUCCAAUCUGUUUGAGAUACAUCAUGUGGACGCUUGCCGCUUCGACCUCUGACAAAUACUCGUCUUUGCAGGAGCAUUUCUACCAUCGUGCCCGCAAGUACAUCCAAAUGGACGAGAUGAAGGGCCACGGAGAGUCGAUGCUUACUCUCGCUCACUGCCAGACCUGGGCGCUCAUUUGCAGCUACGAGUUCAAGUCCAUGUACUUUCCGAGAGCGUGGAUCAGCGCAGGUCGAGCUGUCAGAAUGGCUCAAAUGAUGAAUCUGCACAAGAUGGACGGCUCCGGACUGGACGUCAAGCAGUGCUUGGCUCCGCCCAGGGAUUGGACCGAGAGGGAAGAGCGAAGGAGGACGUUUUGGAUGUGCUUCAACGUUGAUCGCUACGCGAGCAUAGGCACGGGCUGGCCAGUGGCUAUCGACGAGCAAGAUAUUCUAACCAAUCUGCCUGCGACCGACGAAGCGUUCGAGAAGAGCAGACCCGAAAAGUCGAUAUCGCUGGAACAGGCCUUGGCGGUGGGAGGUGCCUCGAAAUUGACCCCCUAUGCUGGUUGCUCUGUCAUGGCAGCCAUGUUUGGACGAAACCUCCUCCAUCUUCACCGGCCGACAAACGACGAACGUGAGAGCGAUAUCAAUGGCGAAUUCUGGGAGAGACAUCGCCGACUGGACAACAUGCUCCUGAACUUGGCUUUGGCGCUGCCCGAAGAUAUGAGACUCCCUGCAGGCAUCAACAAUCCCAAUGUGGUGUUCAUGACCAUGAAGAUACACACCUCGGUCAUAUGUUUGCAUCAGGCGGCAAUCUUCAAGGCAGACAAAAACAGGAUGCCCGCCCACAUUGCCCAAGAAAGCAAGAUCAGAUGCGUCACGGCUGCGUCGGAAAUUGCAAGCGUAAUGAGACUGAUUGCUCACAUGGACACGUCAACGAUGAAUCCCUUCAUUUCUUUCUGCGUCUACGUUGCAGCGCGAGUCUUUGUGCAGUAUCUGAAAAAUCGCCCUGGGGACGGGCAAAUGAACAACCACCUCCAGUUCCUCCUCCAAGCUAUGCAGGCGCUGAAGAAGAGGAAUCAGUUGACCGAGUCGUUCCUCGCUCAGCUUGAUCUGGAUCUCGUAGGAUCUGGGAUCGUUGCUCCGUUCGGGGGCUCAUCGAGUCUGAAUACGAGUUGUCACGAACCCAAUGCUCCUGCAACGGUUCCGGUGAACACCGACAGCGUUUCGUGCGCCCCUCUGUUUGAACUGAGGGAAUCGCAGUCGGAUGGUGCGGCGGUGAACACGUUCCAUAGAAGCAGCGAUGCCACAGACCAGAGGAGCCAUCCUUCCAACCCGACAAGCUCGGAGCCUUCGCGCGAUAUGCCAUUCAAGAGCCAUCUUUCCAACUCAACUGGCACAGAGCCUCAGCCUGGUCCACCAUUCAAUAUUGCACAACAGGUCAACAUGGACACGGAAUCAAUGCCCUUCACGUACUCGCCGAAAGACCGGCACAUCUUCGAACUCCCAAGCAGACAAAGGACGCCCAAUGCAUUCACACCGCGAGAAAUGCAAGCGCAGUACUCGAGAAGCUUUGGGCGGGCGGAUAGGGAUGCAUCGGACAUGGACCUGUCGCCUGACGCCGGCGGCGAGAAUCCGUCGCCGUCGGGAUCCGGGAAUUCGCAACACGCUGCAUCUUCCCGUUCUUCAUAUUCGGCGACAUCUGAUGGGCAGAGGAAGUCUCAGGCGGCGCAGAACUAUGUGGCGUCAGCCAUGGGCGACAGUGUGUCGAAUGCAGCCAACGACAACUUCAACUUCACCACGGCAGGCGAUGAGUUUGACCAGCUCUUCUACACAACAACGUCGGGGGUGGCCGAGUGGGACAUGAGUGGCGGGGCUGGCAUGACGGGAUUGACGCCUCUGCCUGAAAGCGCAUGGACUCAGAUGCUUGACAGCGGUGGCUGGGAGGGCUUUGGCCCGGGCCACGGCACGGAUGCGUUCGGUAACAGGUUAAAUGAACAACGAACCAGGCAGAGAUAA